AUGGCCCUUUCUGUGCGCACAAGUGGUGGCUCCCGGCAGUUCUCUUCUCGGAGCGGGCUUGCGGGGGGAUCUAUGAGAAUGUCUAGCUCUGGCGGUGGAGGAGGCUUUGGUGGAAGUGGGUUUGGUUUUGGUGGUGGAUCUGGUGGAAGUUUUGGUGCUGCUUCUGUGCUUGGUUCAAGCUCUGGCUUUAGUGGGGGUUUUGGGGGUAGCUCAGGUGGAGGCUUUGGAAGCAGUUUAAGCAGUGGCUAUGGUGGAGGCUUUGGUAGUGGUUUAGGUGGUAGCUAUGUAAGUGGCUUAGGCAGUGGUUUUGGUGGAGGUUUAGGAAGUGGUUUUGGCAGCGGCUCAGGCACUGGAUUUGGAAGUGGUUUUGCUAGUGGCUCAGGCACUGGUUUUGGAGGUGGCUUUGGCACUGGUGGUGGUGGUGGCAGUGGGGAUGGUAGCCUUCUUUCUGGCUCAAAAAAAGAAACUAUGCAGAACCUCAAUGAUCGUCUAGCUGCUUAUCUGGACAAAGUACGAUCUCUGGAGGAGGCCAAUACUGAUUUGGAGCGCAAAAUACGAGAGUGGUAUGAGAAAAAUGGCCCUGGUGCUGGUAUCACUGGAUCGGGGAAUGACUAUAGUAAAUAUUACCCAAUAAUUGAAGAUCUCCGAAGCAAGAUCAUAAAUGCGACUAUUGACAACGCAAGAAUUAUUCUGCAAGUCGAUAAUGCUAGACUGGCUGCUGAUGAUUUCAGACUGAAGUAUGAGAAUGAAGUGGCUCUUCGCCAGAGUGUGGAGGCUGACAUCAAUGGUCUACGUAGAGUUCUUGAUGAGCUGACCUUGACAAGAGCUGAUCUAGAGAUGCAGAUUGAAAGCCUGAAUGAAGAAUUGGCUUAUCUCAAGAAGAAUCAUGAAGAGGAGCUUCAGGGCUUUCAAAGCAGUGCAGCUGGACAAGUCAGCGUUGAAAUGGAUGCUGCUCCAGGAAUUGACCUCACCAAGCUUUUGAAUGACAUGAGAGGACAAUAUGAAGUCAUUGCUGAGCAAAACCGUAAAGAGGCUGAAGCAUGGUUCAAUGAAAAAAGUGGGGAGCUGAAAAGGGAAAUCUCCACCAAUACUGAGCAGCUUCAGUCAGGAAAAAGUGAAAUCACAGAUCUAAAAAGGACUCUUCAGAGCUUGGAAAUUGAACUACAAUCUCAGCUUGCCAUGAAAAAAUCCCUUGAAGACACUUUGGCAGAAACAGAAGGAGGUUACUGUGCUCAGCUUUCACAAAUACAACUUCAGAUUGGGAAUCUGGAGUCUCAGCUGUUUCAGGUCAGGGCUGAUAUGGAGCGCCAGAAUGCUGAGUAUCAGCAACUUCUAGACAUCAAGACUCGUCUGGAAAUGGAGAUUGAAACUUACCGUCGCUUGCUGGAUGGCGAAUUUGUGAGUGCAGGACAGGGAGUUACUUUUGAAAGCUCAUCUUUGACUGGGUCCAAAUCACAAACACAGUCAUUGGAUUCUUCUCAGGAUCCUACGAAAACUAGAAAGAUCAAGACAAUUGUCGAGGAAGUAGUAGAUGGAAAAGUUGUUGCAUCCCAUGUUAAGGAAGUUGAAGAGAAGAUAUAA